AUGUCGAACGAAUCUGUAACAAGCUUUUUCAACCGCUACCACCGUCACCCAUCUCGAAUAAUAGAGGAACGGAUGGUUACCCCGGCUUUCGAUCUGGAUUAUAUACCCGCGCCAACGUACGAAAAUAAACCUACGGAUAUAAGGAUUUUGCUGCCCGAAUCUAAGAAAGAAUGGCGGGUCCAUAGCGAUGUGAUUACUGGCGAAAGCAACUUCUUUAGAAUGGCACUAGCCGGCCCAUUCUUGGAGAGCAGGACCAAGGAAAUCAAGCUCUACGAAAUUGACGACAAAAUCAUGGAAUUCGUCGUGAAAUACAUGUACAAAGGCUGGUCCUCCGCAGCCACGUCAGCCUUCGGACUAGAAGACGGCGCCGCGGUACCGCCGAGCGAAAUCGCCGAGAUCCUCAUCGCCGCCGAUUUCCUCGACGUGCCCCGGCUCUGCUACGCGGCGUACCACAUGAUGCUGCGCGGGAUGGUCAGCGUCGUGGUGCUGGCCAAGACGGAGUCGCCGUACUCGCACGUCUCGCACCGCGCGAGACAACCUUUCCUCCGCGCGGCGGGGGUCCUGGAGAAGAGCAAGACGGAUGUCGGCAUCGACUUGGCGGGAGGAAUACGCAUGUUGAUGGAGAAGCUGCGGAAGGCGUGGGACUUGGACAGCGCUGUCAAGGCGUUCGUGGAUGCCUUUCCGACCGACCACUCACUCGUCAACUUGGAGCUUCUGUGGGAGAGCCACGGGGUUGUGGGUAGUGAUGGUGGAGGAGGUGUCAAGGCUAUAUGGAUUAUAUGGGUGGAUUGAUUCAAUAAAAUAUUCAGUGAUGGUGGUAUCUAACAAGUCUUUAAGUAAAUCUAUGCGCCGUGACUGUCAUCUAAUCAUUAUGUUUUCUCA